CAGUGCCCAAAUCAAGCUUCGAAACUAAACCCCUCUAAUCAUUCCUAGCUACAUAUAUAUAUAUAUAUACCCCUAUAUGUUGGAUGUCCCUCAAUCUUCCUGCCUCACCUUGGUUGUCCCCUGCGAACGACGCAUCUCGCAUAACAGGCCGACGAGCGGUAAUUGGGCCCUGCAACUCCACAACUCAAUUUGUCUCCACGUCACCUACAAUGAUUGCUCACAGUGCAACUUCCACAAUUAAGGGGUCUUCAUCGUUCGACCGCUUUCAUCAUCACUCGCCUCAACCCGUAGAGAUUAGAACCGAGACACUAAAUCACUCGGCGUACUACUCUAAUCAUCCAUCGCUGCAGUCAGCCGACGAUCACUUGUGUUCGGGAGACCAAGAUGCGGACCCACGAGGCAAUCCAUCCAUGUAUGGGAGGGUCAAAAGGGGGGGCUCCCCAUUCGUAUUUGAAUCACAACCCGAUGUCCAGCUCGCCCUGCAUGAGUCGCUGAGCCGAUCACAAGGUGGGGAGCCGUGGCGCCAUUCGCAGCACUGCCAACCCGCUGUCGCGCCAUCCUCCGAUCAGCGAACAUCGUCCGAUUCCCGAGAAGAAUAUUGCCUUUCUGUUACAGAGAUGCUUGGGGAGUGGGUCGAGGAGAAAGGAGUCUUGGGGAUGGCGUUGGAGGUUUCGCUCCUUGGGCUAUGUCUGCAAUAUUUUGUGAGGGAAUGAUGGAUGACUGGGAUGAUGGUAAAAUGAUUAUCUCAAGAUUGCAGGGAACAUUUGUAUUUCAUACGCUGCCGCACUACAUUUCUACAUUUAGUAUUUUUGAUAAUGUUUGUGAUGCUAGCUACCAUGAUGGAUAUAAUUCUACUAGGCCG